AUGAAACUGUUCAUCGUCGCCGCUCUGUUCGUCGCCGCCGCCGUCGCCGCGCCCGCCACCCCCGACGGUGAUGCCCAGAUCGUCCGUUACGACAACAACAACAUCGGCGUUGAAGGCUACGCCUACGCCGCUGAGACCUCGAACGGCAUCAAGACCCAAGAGGAGGGAGCUCUGAAGAACAUCGGCACCGAAAACGAGGCCCUCGAAGUCCGCGGACAGUUCUCUUACAUCGGCGACGACGGCAUCAACUACGUCAUCACCUACAUCGCCAACGAGGGUGGAUUCCAGCCCGAAGGCGCUCACAUUCCCAAGAGCAAA